ACACUCACUUUCUUCCUUCUCAUUUUCGAUCAUCUGACAAAAACCCGAAUCUCGUUUCGUGUUUUCGAGCAAAACCCAGAAUUUCUCAUUCCCUUCGGUGCUUUGCAUCAUCUUCAAUGGAGACGACUCCGACGCAGAGCAGCGAAACGAAACCUUUCUCUGUUCUUUUUGUCUGUCUCGGAAACAUUUGUCGGAGUCCAGCAGCUGAAGGUGUCUUUAGGGAUAUUGUGAAGAAGAGAGGUCUCGAUUCCAAAUUCAUAAUCGAUUCCGCUGGAACCAUUGAUUAUCACGAGGGGAAUAUGGCGGAUCCAAGAAUGAGAAGUGCUGCGAAACGUCGUGGGAUUGAGUUAACAUCAUUAUCCAGACCGAUUAAGGCAUCUGAUUUCAGGGAAUUUGAUCUCAUUCUUGCAAUGGAUGACCAGAACAAAGAGGAUAUAUUGAAGGCUUAUAAUGUGUGGAAAAACAGAGGGAAUUUCCCGCCCGAUGCAGAUAAGAAGGUUAAGCUAAUGUGUUCUUAUUGCAAGAAACACAAUGAAAAGUUUGUUCCUGAUCCAUAUUAUGGUGGACCUCAAGGUUUUGAGAAGGUACUGGACUUGCUUGAAGAUGCUUGUGAGUCUUUGCUGGAUAGUAUCCCUGUGGAAAGUUGAUGAUACAGCAAGUUCAGAGUCCCACUUUUAUUGUUACUAUUAUUGAGAUUGCUAGCUUUGCACAUACACUUAUAGACAUCUUAAUGAUUUCAAAGUCUGAGAAUCUUUGAUUUGUUUUUUUAAACCUUGUUAAACUGAACAUAUUCUUAAGAACAUAUUAUUGUUUAUGUUAAUGUAUCAUAGAGGGCGGCACUGUUUACACGAUUGAAUAAUAUGAACUCUUUUGU